AACCCUUCUCUCCCCAUCCCCCACCCCCACCCCGCAAGUCGAUAUGCCUCCCAGACGCAAACCCCAACCGUCGGCGAAGAAACCCCUGCGCCGCUCCGGAAGGGUCAAUUCCGCCACGGCCAUGGCCGAUUCCGCCGAUCCAACCCCGUCCCCGCCGCCGCCGGAAGCCUCCCCCGCCGCCGCCAAGCCCGUCUCCGUCGAUCCGGCCCCGGAGUCGGCCUCCCCCGCCGCCAAGCCCGUCUCCGCCGAUCCGGUCCCGCCCCAGGCCCCGGAGGCGGCCACCCCCGCCCCCGCUGCCAAGACCGUCUCCGCCGAUCCGGUCCCGCACCAGGCCCCGGAGGCGGCCACGCCCGCCGCCGCCGCCGCCGCCGCCGGGCCCGAUCUGGACGGGCCGCCCCGGAGAUCCGCCACAGCCGGCAAGCUCAAGAAGCCCUUCACCGACAAGCUCCGCGCCGCCGCGGAGGAGCGCCUCGCGCGCAUCCCGGUCGACCUCCGCCUCCGCCCGCUGGACCCCCCGCCGCCCUCCAUCUCCAACCACGAGGCCGCCCUCCGCGCCCUCGGCCUCCUCGACUUCGCGCGGUUUGACCCCGGAUCUGAGCCCCCGCGCCCCGACCUCGUCGCGCAGCUCAUCGCCUAUUACGACCGGAUUAAUCAACGCAGCUUCGUCUGGGACACCCGCGUCAGUCUCAACCGCACGGAAUUGGCCAACGCCUUCUCCCUCCCGAAAAAGACAGUCGGGCCGCCCGCCCCGCCCCGAGGGUUCAAAACCGCGGCCUUGGUCUCCGCCGCCCUGGAGUUCAUGCGCGUCUGCAUCCAUCCCUGGUUCACGGACUGCACACUGCCGCAGGAGGUGGCCGGCGGGGAACAGACUGUGAAGGAUGGGUCACCGCAUAAGGUUAACUGGGCGGGCAUCAUCUGGGGUAUCAUCGAGAAGGAGAUUCACGAGCUGCCCGGGAGGGAUGAUGGGGUGUGCCAAUACGGGGCGUAUCUUCAGCAGCUCAUCCGGGUGCAGAAGCCGCUGCUGUUUGAGCUGCCGCAGAAAGAGGAGGCAGGGAAGCUUGUUCGGAAGGUGCCUUCUGAUUUAGUUAAGGACGAGCGGGAUGGAGACGCAGAUGCCAGGAACAAGGGCUUGCAGGAGUUGGAGCCUAGAGAUGCAGAUGCGGAUGCGAGCAGCAAGGGCCCGAAGGAAUCUGAGUUAGAGGGUGUGAGUCUGACCAGCAAGAGCUUGGAUGAAUCGGGGCCCGCAGAUGCUGAUGCUAGUGGUAAUGACUUGAAGGAGUUGGAGUCUGGGGAUGUGAGGAGCAACAUCUUGGAGGAAUCAGAGACAGCAGGUGUGGAUUUGAGGAGCAGUGACUUGAAUGAGUCUGGGGAUGCAAGGAGCAACAUCUUGGAGGAACCAGAGACAGAAGGUUCGGAUUUGAGGAAGAAUGACUUAAAGAAGUCAGAUUCUGGGGAUGCAGGGAGCAAGAGCAUGGAUGAAUUGGCGGAUGUGGAUGCUAAUGCAAUGAGCAAGUCACUGGAUACAUCAGUGGUGGCGGAUGGGGAUGCAAAGGGCAUGGGCUUGGAUGUUGAGAUGGAGUCAGGGGAUGCUGAUGCUAAUGCAGGGAUCAAGUCACCGGAUACAUCUAAGGUGAUGGAUGAGGAUGCUAAGGGCUUGGAUGUCGAGAUGGAGUCAGGCGAUGUGGAUGCUAAUGCAGGGAGCAAGUCGCUGGAUACAUCAAAGGUGAUGGAUGAGGAUGCAAAGGGAUUGGAUGUUGAGAUGGAGUCAGGGGAUGCAGAUGCUAAUGCAGGGAGCAAGUCACCGGAUUCAUCGAAGGUUAUGGAUGAGGAUGCAAAGGCCUUGGAUGUCCAAUUGGAGUCGCAGGCUAUUGAUCCUAAUGCAAGCAAUAAUUCGACGGAUACAUUGAAGGUGGUUAAUGAGGAUGCAAAGGUCAUGAGCUUGGAUGUCGAAUUGGAGUCAGGGGAUGCAGAUGCUAAUGCAAGGAACAAGUCACCUGAUACAUCAAAGUUGGUGUAUGAGGAUGUAAAGGUGGACGUGGAUGCUAAUGCAAGCAGCAACAAACUGGAGACACCCAAUGUGGCGGAUGAGGACGGCAAAUUGCUGUUCGGGGGUGUGGAUGCUAAUGCAAGCAGCAAUAGACUGGAGCCACCAAAUGUGGCUGAUGAGGAUGAUGAAUUGCAGUUGGGGGAUGUGGAGAGAUUGGAGACAUCGAAGGUGGCGGAUGAGGAUGUAAAGGGCAUGAGCUUGGAUCAAUCAAAGGCAGGGGAUGCCAUGGUGCUGGAGGAAGCUGUAGGUCCUACACAUGAAAUGAAUACUGUGAAUUGUGAGGUUUUGGCAGACUUUGCAUGGGAGGAAGGUGAAGACACGAUUGUGGGUGCAGCAGAGAAGGAUGCAUGUCCAUCGCCGGAGGUGGAACUGUUGCCACAGGAGAAAGUGCUAGUAGUGCCAGAGGAGGAUGAGGAGGCCGAAGAGGAAGAAGAGAAGGAUGAGGCAGGGUGGAGCUCUGCCAAUGAUGACGAUGACAGUAUGGAUGUCGAAGAUAAUGUAUCUGUCCAAAAUCUGGAUACUGAUAAUGAGGAGGCGGAGGAGUCAGAGCAUGAUGCAUUUGAGGGGUGUAGUGGUGGAGUGGAGAUGAACUGGGGUAUUGGGGAUGACAAGGGGGGCGAGGGGACGACGCAUUGUUUACAGCAAUGUGACUUUCCAGGGGUGGAGUUUGAGAAUUUGAAUAAAGGGAAUGUUGGGAUGAGGGAUGGUGUGAGCUUUGAUGAUGGAUUCAAAAUGGGUUCCUUGCAUGGGAUGGAGUCAAACCUCCUCCAGGCUAUGAACUCAGAUCCCGCGACAUACAAUGGCACGGAGAAUGCACAUGACCUGUCCUCUGGAAAUUUCUUGGCUAUGGGGGCUGAUGCACAUAAGAAUGGAGUGGACCUGGGGGCUGGCAAUUCAUUUUUCUUUGGCAAUAAUAAUGGGAAGAGGCACGUUGAGGAUAUUGAUGAUGGGUACGAUGACCAGAUGCAAACACAACAGCAGUUUCUGCAGGGCAAUCAACAUAAGCGGAUGCGGAACUCCAGCAGUAGUGUACCACCUGGAUCAGCAUUCUUCAAUGCAAAUUAUUCAGAACCCAUACAGAACUUAUUGGUCAAUGCCAGCAUGUUAUAUGAACAGAAAGAGAGAGAGAUUCAAGAGGCGCUGUCACAGAAGCAAUUCAUGGCUAACUUGCUGCAGGAGAAGGAAGCAAUUAUCCACUCACUAAACUCAGCCAGGUUUGAGCAAGAGAAUAAGUUGCAAUCAAAGCUUAGGUGCUUUGAGCAUGAUCUGAAUGUGAUGGGUCAGUUGGUCAGUGGGUAUAAGAGGGCUUUGAAACAGAGUCAUGCUUCUUUCAAUGAGUACAGGAAGAAGUUCCCUUCUAACGAGUUCCGUUAUCGUGAUGUUCCUAAUGGCGGCGGUCUUGUCCUUAGCGUCAGGGAGUUGGAGAGGGAGUUGGAGAGGAAACGGUGUGAGGAAGAGCAGCAGAAAAUUGCUGCAGCAAAUGAGAUGAUUGGAAAUUUCAAGCUUGAAUGGUUGUCAAAGCCUGAUGAUUGGGAAGAUCGCAUCAACCUUUUGUGGCGCAAAACUGAAGGGCUGGCUCGGGAGCUUGAUCUUCUCAAGGAAAAAAGAAAAGCAAAGCUUGCAGCCCUUGCUAGGGAAGAAUGAGUUCUCUGAUAGUUAGAGGUUCUAAUGUGAAGAUGGAGAGCUCUCUUGGAUGUUUGACGUCAACAGCGAGACAUGGGAUUGGCGGCAACUGUGGCUAGCUCGUCGUGCAUUGUAGACUGUAGCGAAGAAGGCAUAAUUCCAGCUGUAAAUCAAAUGUUUUGUCAUCCAAGGGCGUUCUAAUGACCAGUACUAGUGCUUGCUUUAUUUAGAUGGCCUUUUGGUUGAUUUCCUGCAUGGAGUAAAAUACUGGGUGGUGCCAGGUUAAUCUUAUAUGUGUAGAACAGUUCACAUAGUCUCUUACAUUUGCAUCCAACUUUGCGUGCUCGGUAGUUGAUUUAUACCUUAUUUUGCAUAUUGGAAGCUAA